UAACUCUAUAACUCUACAAUUUAUUCUAUGGUGCUGGUAAAAACAAUAAAACAUUAUAGGUUAUAGCUUAUGACUCAAAAAUCACAAUGAAUUAUUUUUUCUUACCAAGCUGGUUACUAUUUUUCAACUAGCUGCGCGUUUGUAUUCUUGGAAUAAUACGGGCAAGGCGUGAAGAUGGCUGAAAAAUUGGACUUGGCAGUUGGUGACUCUGUUGAUUUAAACUGUGAUGACGAGCCCGUCGCAAGUGUGAGCGGUAGGGUUGCGGGCUCGGAGCAAUCAAAAAGCAAAAACAUGAAACAUAUUGCUGCUUUGGGCGAAACGGAAUCUACGGAACCGAAGGCUUUGAAGACAAUGGAUGUAGUUGCUUCUUUUCCUGAAGAAGUGACAGACAUGGUUUUCUCCCAUCUACAGGCAACUGAUCUGGAAUAUUGUUGCGGAGUUAGCCAGCUUUGGAGGAGGACAAUCGAACGCUUUAAACAGAGACAACGUGCACGGCUGAAGUAUAAUUGGCAACAUGGAAAAUACUCUGUCAAUUGUUCCCCAAUCAGUAUUGGGUUGAAUAUACAGAUUGGCCUGAGAUUUAAGGAAUACGAGUUUGAAGUAGUUCCUGUAAAUGAUCCUUGUGAUCAGGUCUUCCCUGUAUAUAUGUAUUUUAAGGAUCCCGGGUGCUCAGGCGCAGAAGUUUUAUCUAUAAUUAAUAUUGAUUCAAACUCGAGAAUUAAAUUACAUCAAUUACCGCGAACUUCUUCUGAGAUGAGUGUUGUUAUUGUCGUGGGGGACUCUAUAGCUUGGUUGGAACCUUCAGCUGUGCUGAAACAUUACAAUGCCGAACUGGCAUCAAAUGGUUCAAAAGUGGAAACUUUUGGAAAACAUGAUGAUUCUCGGACUGAUGAGGAUUUCGAAGGUGUAGAAAAAUACAAGUCUCUGACAAUGGAUAGGAACCACAUUGCGGUUGUUUCUAACGAUAGGUUUGUAAAAGUUUGGUGUAAAAAGUCACAUAAAAAAAUAAUUACGAAGCGCUGUGUACAACCUAAGAUUUCUUUAUCUGAUGGUUGUCUAAUCAUAGCAUCUUAUAUAGGUGAACGAUUAGAAAAGUCUGUAAAAAUAUAUUGUACUGAGAUUGAAAUUCACAACUUACAACAUGAUGCAAACAAUACUCUUCAACAUACUUUUAAUCUAGAUGGCAUUGUUGAAAGUACACAUUCAAAAGAGCGAUUCAUAUUUAUUGUUUUUAGUUUGCACAACCAUAAAAUCCAAGUACGCGAUAAAAAGAAUUUUUCCAUAAUCUAUUCUUACGAUUAUAAUUUAUCACUAAAAAAUGUUUUUGAUGAUUAUAUAGUUGUUAAAGGUUUAACAAAAGGUGAACAGGUGUUUUCAGAAUUUGGUAUUCCUUAUGGUUGGCGGCAUGACUAUUAUUAUAAAAUAUUGACUCUUGCUUCUGGUGAAUGGUCAACAGAAAUUCCUUCUCGCGACAGAAAUUUGUUCACAGUGUUUGAGAAUAUUGCCGUGGUUCGUAGUGUUUCGGACAAAAGUCUUUAUGUUUUGGACUGGAAACGAUUUACCAAACUGUACACUCUGAGAAUCCCCGAGCACGUAAGUGAUGACUUUGAGGUUAUUAAUGUGACUGAAUGGAGAAUUAUAGUUUUCGAUUCGGAAUCUAAUCAAUUCAUUAUAUUCAAGUUCGGGUAGACUCAAGUGGAGGUUUGAUCUGGUGGACUGGUAAAAAGGGAUCAAACCGUUCGAUAUAGCAAUCCAGGAGCCAAAAAAAGCGAUUUUUCCAUUAGUGUAUAAUUUAAAUUUAUUUAUUUUUUUUAUUCAAGUAAGUCACAAUACAUUCCGGUCUAUACACGAAUCUACAAUAAAUUACAGUACAACAGCUAAUUAUGCAACAAAUUUCACAUAUUAUGAAAACUUAUUAAUUACAAUGAAGAUUGAAUGGAACAUUAGAAUAUUGAUAAUAUAGUAUUGCAAUGUAACUACAUAAAUCAGCGGUGUUCCAACAAUGAAUAAAUGAUAACUUCAAUGAAUAAAUAAA